CAAGAAAAGGGAGGAGGUGCCCAGACUCGGGCAGACGGGACAGCGGCACUGAGUCAGCGCUCGAGGCGGUGGCGGCCGGAGCGGUUCAAAGAUGCAGGCGGCACGGAUAGCCCCGAUCGUGGGGCGGCAGCUGCAGAGGCUGGGGGUCGGAAGCUCCCGGCCCUGUGCGCUCCGGGGGCAGCCCCCGCUCGGCCUGGCCUGGCGACCCUAUGCCGGUGGGGCGGCUCAGGCGGUUCUGGAGAAGCCAGGUUCCUUUCCCCCUGAGGCUUCGACCCGGGAGAAGCAGGCCAAGGCGGAAUCGAAGUCCUUUGCUGCGGGGAUGUUCCGGGGCCAGCUCACCACCAGCCAGGUGUUCCCUUACCCGUCUGUGCUCAACGAGGAGCAGACUCAGUUUCUUAAAGAGCUGCUGGGGCCUGUGACCCGUUUCUUUGAGGAGGUCAACGACCCCGCCAAGAACGACAUGAUGGAGAAGGUGGAGGAGACCACGAUGCAGGGUCUCAAGGAGCUGGGGGCCUUCGGUCUGCAGGUGCCCAGCGAACUGGGCGGCGUGGGCCUCUGUAACACCCAGUACGCCCGCUUGGUGGAGCUCGUGGGCACUCAUGACCUUGGCGUGGGCAUCACCCUGGGGGCCCAUCAGAGCAUCGGAUUCAAAGGCAUCCUGCUGUUUGGCACAAAGGCUCAGAAAGAAAAAUACCUCCCCAAACUGGCAUCUGGGGAGACCAUAGCUGCCUUCUGCCUAACCGAGCCCUCCAGUGGCUCGGAUGCAGCCUCCAUCCGAAGCUCGGCCGUGCCCAGCCCCUGCGGGAAGUAUUACACCCUCAACGGAAGCAAGAUUUGGAUCAGCAACGGGGGCCUGGCAGAUAUCUUCACGGUCUUUGCCAAGACACCGGUCACGGAUGCGGCCACAGGGGCCGUGAAACAGAAGAUCACAGCUUUUGUGGUGGAGAGGAGCUUCGGAGGGGUUACCCACGGGCCUCCUGAGAAGAAGAUGGGCAUCAAGGCCUCGAACACGGCCGAGGUGUACUUCGAUGGAGUACGGGUGCCGGCCGAGAAUGUGCUGGGCGAGGUGGGCGGCGGCUUCAAGGUCGCCAUGCACAUUCUCAACAAUGGAAGGUUCGGCAUGGCUGCGGCCCUCGCAGGCACCAUGAAGGGCAUCAUUGCCAAGGCCGUGGAUCAUGCUGCUAAUCGUACCCAGUUUGGGGAUAAAAUUCACAACUUCGGGGUGAUCCAGGAGAAGCUGGCCCGGAUGGCUGUGCUGCACUAUGUGACUGAGUCCAUGGCGUACAUGGUGAGCGCCAACAUGGACCAGGGCUCCACGGACUUCCAGAUAGAGGCCGCCAUCAGCAAGAUCUUCGGCUCGGAGGCAGCCUGGAAGGUGACCGAUGAGUGCAUCCAGAUCAUGGGCGGCAUGGGCUUCAUGAAGGAGCCUGGGGUGGAGCGUGUUCUCCGAGAUCUUCGCAUCUUCCGGAUCUUCGAGGGGACGAACGACAUCCUCCGGCUGUUUGUGGCUCUGCAGGGCUGUAUGGACAAAGGAAAGGAACUCUCUGGACUCGGCAAUGCUCUAAAGAAUCCUUUUGGGAACGCCAGCCUUCUCUUAGGAGAGGCGGGCAGGGCUGGGCAGCAGCCUGAGUCUCAGCGGCUUCACCCACCAGGAGCUGAGCCGCAGCGGGGAGCUGCCCGGCCUCUCCUCUCUCUGCAGGCAGUGCAGGCCCUGGAGCAGUUCGCUGCAGUGGUGGAGGCUAAGUUGAUAAAACACAAGAAGGGGAUCGUCAAUGAACAGUUUGUGCUGCAGCGUCUGGCAGACAGUGCCAUUGACCUCUACACCAUGGUGGUGGUGCUGUCCAGGGCCUCGAGAUCCCUGAGCGAGGGCCAGCCCACGGCCCAGCACGAGAAGAUGCUGUGCGACACCUGGUGCAUUGAGGCUGCGGCACGGGUCCGGGACAACAUGACGGCCUUGCAGUCUGACCCGCAGCAGCAGGAGCUCUUCCGGAACUUCAAGAGCAUCUCUAAGGCCUUGGUGGAGCACGGCGGCGUGGUCCCCAGCAACCCCCUGGGCUUCUGAGUGCUCCCCCCCGCCUUCUGCUUGAACCUGAACGUGCCUUUCUCCUCAAGCCAAAGCCCACUUUCCUCGUCCUGCCUUAAGGCGGGCCUGGCCCCGGGGCCACGGCCGCUCUCGGAGUAAAGGUUCUCACAAGCCGUG